AGUCAUGAUCCAUAAUUUCAAACAUUUACAUGUAGUUGUUAGUACAAGAAUGUCUCAAGCAUGCAAGUUUUAUAUAUGCAACUAUUAUAUAUGAAAAUGAGAGUGUUGAAUGUUCUGAAUUUUUGAUCAUAUAAUUCAAGAACUCACUAGGAAAAUUAUUGCAGCAUUCACAUUGUCUAGAAAAAUACCUAAUUUACAAAAAAAAUUGCUGCCCAAAAUCAUUAAAAUUGGACAGCAAUUUCACAAAUAAGGAAAGUUUAACCUAAACAAACCACAAAUUUAAAUCCACCAAAAAAGGGAAAAAUAAUUAAAUUUUAUUUCUUCGUUUAUCGAUAACCCUAUAACCGGCCUAGCGUUUAUAUGCAAUUAUUAGCCGAAUAAUUGCAAUUAACUUUCAAGCAAAACAUUAUUAUUGGAAAAUGUCACACUAAUGAGGUGGUCCUUUUAACAAAUCUUGAUAUAAUAAUUAUUUUUAUAUUAUCCAUUAAUUUCAAAGAAAAACACUGUUGAAAAUAUUACAUGGAAAACAUAGUACAUGUGAUCAAAAUCUGGUUUAGGACUUGUGUUCAAAGCCGCCUACCAAGAUUCAAAAAAAAAUUCAGUUUUAAUUUAAUUACUAUUAUUUUUUUUUAAUUUAAUUUGAGGAGGAGAUAAUUGUUUGUGAUGUGUCCUUCAUAGGAAACUUCACUUACUCUGAAUAUUGAUAUUAUUUUUUCAAAGAAUCCCACUACUAUAAAUACAGAUGUCCUAAACCAUAACAUAGUACUCAAAAAAAACAUCUUUCAUUACAAUUCAAUAGCAACUACUUACCACAUAGUUUCAUAACUAAUUUCUUUUGUUCUUUCAUUCUUUUAUUCAUUAUUAUUUAAUUCAUUUAUAUAGUUCUUUUCGAUUUCGUGGUAUUCGAAUUCUUUCUUUCUCGAACAAGAAAAUGGAAUAUACUUUGUCGAAAAUUGCGACGAACGACGGACAUGGCGAAAACUCUGCUUUCUUCGACGGGUGGAAAGCGUACGACAGUGAUCCUUAUCACCCCACCAAGAAUCCCAAUGGUGUUAUUCAGAUGGGAUUAGCAGAAAACCAGCUUUCAUUCGAUUUAGUGCAAGAAUGGGUGAAGAAAAACCCGAAGGCCUCAAUUUGCACGAAUGAAGGAGUGGACGAUUUCAAGGAAAUCGCGAUUUUUCAAGAUUAUCAUGGCUUGCCGGAAUUCAGAAAUGCAGUUGCAAGAUUCAUGGAGAGAGUGAGGGGAAACAGAGUCCGGUUCGACCCGAACCGGAUUGUGAUGAGUGGCGGUGCAACCGGAGCUCAAGAAACAUUGGCCUUCUGCUUGGCUGAUUCCGGUGAUGCACUUUUGGUGCCAACUCCAUAUUAUCCAGGGAACGACCGAGAUCUGACGUGGCGAACCGGAAUACAACUUCUCCCGGUCGUAUGUGAGAGCUCCACCGGUUUCAAGAUCACCCGCGAAGCCCUAGAGACCGCGUACAAAAAAGCUCAAGACUCGAACAUCAAAGUGAAGGGCCUACUCCUCAACAAUCCAUCGAAUCCACUAGGCACAACGAUCGACAAACAAACCCUAACCGAAUCACUAACCUUCACCAACGAGAAACAAAUCCACUUGAUAUGCGACGAAAUCUACUCCGCCACAGUCUUCGACCAACCAGGUUUCACCAGCAUUGCCGAAAUAUUCGAGGAAAACCCUAAAAGUUACAACCCUAACCUAAUCCACAUAGUCUACAGUCUCUCCAAGGACCUAGGGUUUCCCGGUUUCCGUGUCGGCAUCAUAUACUCGUACAACGACACCGUCACUAAUUGCGCGCGUAAAAUGUCGAGCUUCGGACUAGUCUCCACCCAGACACAACACCUAAUAGCCUCCAUGCUCUCGGACGACGAAUUCGUGGACCGUUUCAUCCCCGAGAGCGCUAAACGUCUCGCCAAACGGCACGAGAUUCUCACGAGGGGGCUAGCUCAGGUUGGCAUCGGGAGUUUGAAGAGCAAUGCAGGUUUGUUCUGCUGGAUGGAUUUGAGGAGGCUUCUAAAGGAGGCGACUUUCGAGGCGGAAGCGGAGUUGUGGAGGAUGAUUAUAGAAGAUGUCAAGAUUAAUGUUUCCCCGGGGGCCCCGUUCCACUGCUCGGAGCCCGGGUGGUUUAGGGUUUGCUUUGCGAAUAUGGACGACGAGGCGGUUAGGGUUGCGAUUAAUAGGAUUCACGAGUUUGUGAUGAUUGUUCAGACGAAGAAGCAACGCUAUAUAAGGAGGGGUAAACUCGAGGUUAGCUUAUCGUUCCGUAGAUUGGAUGAGAUCAUGAUGGGGUCCAUGAAGAUGUCUUCGCCUCAUUCGCCGAUGUCUUCGCCGCUUGUUCGAGCUAUGACUUGAUGAAAUUUAUGGGGGUUGUUUAAUUUGUUUGUGAAUAAGAGGAAGAUGAUGAUCAAGGUUGGUACAUGCAUUUUUCCUCAAGAAGUAAAAGAUUGAUUUUCUAGUGAUUUGAUUUUAUUAUAUAAGGAAGCUUUUUUUUUUUUUAAUUUUUAAUUUUUUUUACCUGUUUUGAUAUCAGGGUUUUUUGUCCACUUGACACAUGCAAAAAUGUGAUCAAAUGGAAUUUGUUGGGAUAUGUAUUUAUAUAGUUAAUGGAUUAAUAUCUGAUUUU